UCCAGUCUCAUCACCACCGAGGUUGACACUAUUCACCAAGAAUCCUUGUUCACUUUGUGAUGUACUAAAAGAAACAUUACAGUCUCGAUUCUCUGGGCGCUAUCAGUUGGAACAAAUUGACAUAACAGCAGCAGAAAACCAAGUUUACCAUCAGCUUUAUCAAUACCAAAUUCCAGUGCUCUUCCUCGAGGGCCAAUACUUGUGCAAACAUCGAUUGAACGUUCAACUUCUAGAAAAGAAACUGGAGGAAAUCGAGUGCAGAUGCUGAGGCCAUUGUAUUUUGCCCUUGAAAAAUGGAUAAUAACGAGGGCAUUGUGAGAUCCUCUUGAAAAAAUUCGUACAAAGGCUCUAACGAAAAAAAAAUCUUCUAUUCACAUUCGUAGCAAUUAGCUCGAUGCUUUUUGUACUCUGUUUCAAUGGAUUGUGCGUUAAUGCACAAUUUGUUGGGUAAUUAUCAAUAUACUUGUAUUUUCUUGGUUUGUCUUGAGAGGAGAAUGUCGAUGGAUCAAUUCUCGGUCUUUGAAUUGAUAUUCUGAAAAUCCUUGCAGGUAGAAUAUAAUAUUAACAGUCCAAAAUUGUAUUAAUAAUUUAUUAAUUUUCAUAAAAAUUGUAAACUAUAAUCAAACAAUCAUAAUUUAUAUUUUUAAUCCCAUAAUUUACGAUAUGAUUUCUGUAAUUACCAAUUUCUCAAUUCCACCCUUAAAAAAAUAAAUGACAAAUAUCACAAUUUGAAAAUGUUAAUAGACCCUUACAAUCCCCUAAUUAAAAUCUUUUCCUCGUGGAUUAAAAAAUGUUAACAACUAUUUAAACAGCUUUAAAUCGGUAGAAAAAAUACAUGUUUAAAAAAAUUUCGUCCAGAAGAUGACGGAAUUCGAUUUCCACUUGUUCCACACCAGGUGUACAACAAAGACAGAGAUGAUCCAAACGCGUAGAAUGAGAGAUUCAAGGACACAUAAAAGUCUCAGGACCCGACGCCAAUGGGGACUACAGGUCGGCCCAUUGGAUCCUCUCACCUCCCCUCAAACGAAAAACCCAUCUCACCGCAAUGUACUGUAGACCUCUCUCUUGCUUUCCCCUGGUCUGGUCACCUCAACACAACAAUAAACCCACCAUCAGAGCCAGCCUUACACACGCAACGAUUCCAUCUCACUCCACCAGCCGAUUCUCACACUAUUCUGUUUCAACAUUCGUCGUACCCUAGGCCUCGACGUCAAUCGGUGAAUGUACGCCUUCAAAAGUGCUCAGUUCUUCUUCAGUACUGCCAUGGUCUAGCCAACCAACUCACUUACCCAUCUUAAUCCCCAUUUUAAAGACCACCUGGCCCCAAAUCGUGCCGAUUUUUCACCGAUUUUAUUCAUUUUACCCUGACCACUCCACCAAACUUCAGAAGAGACUCAAUGCUCUCCAGUUUUACCUGCACUCCUGAAGUAAAAGGAUCGGUUUUUCAUUCCGUCAAUGAAACAUUUGAAUUUAUUGAGGUGAAACUUGAGUUCGCGGGUGCUGUGAGUGAUUUUAGUGUUAUUAUUUGGUAAUUCAGGAUCGGCAAGUGAUUCAGGAUGAGUGGAGAGAACUCCAGAGAGAACUGAAGAGUCUUCGAGUUCGAUGUGAAGAUCGUCUUUUAAGGAAUACCUGGAGUCAUCCAGAAAAAUCGAAAUCGCAAGAUGUCGACGAAGGUUCCCGACGACGAGGACCUGAUCGACCUGGAAGGAGGCAUUCACGUCUCGAGGACGUCAAUUCCCGACGCAACAGCUGAGGAGCAGGAGCACCUCCUGGACGUGUGCCCACCGAAACUGGAGCAGAAGUUGUCAUUAACUCGUGAGCACAAAUUAGUGCGGGAAUACUGUGACAACGGGGACAUCCUGGUGACGCUCGGACACGACCAGGUGAUGCCCAGUCGAAAGAGAAUCGACGUGGUGUCAUCAGAGACAAUCAAGAGAGUUCGAGACAUCACGAAGAACCUGGAGCCAGUGAUAGCCCCAGACACUCCCGACUCCAGUGAUCAAUCCACUGACGAGUGUUUGGAGGAAUCAGUUGAAGCUCAAGCCAUCAGUGCCUUUGAUUUUUUAUCAGAAAUAGACGACAACGAGGAAGAAUUCAAUGCAAAGAGUGGAGACUCCAACGGAGAUGAUUCAGAAAAUGACAUAAGACCACUGAAUCCACACCCCCCGGAUCACUCCAUCAAGACCCCCGGGAGUUUUCAUGAUGUUGACAUCAGCAAUAAAGAGAUAGACUGCACUGAUGAGAUUCCAGUGAUAAAAACCAGAGGACUCGAAACCUCCGAGUUCGAUAAUUUAGGGUUUGACGUGUCUCCACCUUUUAAAAGACCUCGUUUUGAUUUUUCACUCGGUGAGAGACCGAAGUCUGUGGGUUUUGGGGUCAACGAGAUGAGACACAGUGGAAAGAGAAAAAAGCACAGGAUUGAGAGGAAUUCGUGGAGUGCCGGUGGGAGAGAGGAUGACUCCUGCCUCGUCGAGAGAUCUACGAGCUUCGAUAUCGAUUAUUCGUGUCAACCCUCCACUUCUGGAGUCGUCCGGACCAUUUGCCGAACGGAGAUUCCGUCAUCCUCAUCAUCAGAGAGUUCAGAUGUGGAUUGGUCGUGGGUGGGGGAGGUGGAGCACCACGUUGAAUUUUUAAAUUCAUGCCAAAGGGAUGGUUCGUCAUCAUCGGAGUGUUCGGAUGUCGAUUGGUCCUGGAUUGAGGAGCUGAAACACAAGCGGUGCCCGUCGAAGUCCUCCACCCUCCACCCACCACCUGCUGAUAAUUCCACCCCCUCAAAACUCACUCACUCAACUCACCACUCACCACCCCCCGGAAAUCUCACCCCUUCCCCUUCACCCUCCAACUCCCUCUCAGACUUUCCCCCAAAUUUCCCUUCAAAAUCCUCAACUCCCCACCCAUCACUCCCCGAAAAUUCCACCCCCUCCCUCCAUACGGUCACCACUGGAAUUUCCCCUGGCACUCGCCAAGAGAACGUUCACAUGGAGGGACACGAUUUAUUGCGCAUGCGCACAACAAGUCUGUGCAAGUCCCUCUCAAAUGUCAGUGUCGCGAUGUCCGUCGAGGCGACGGGCAAGUCCUCACCUAGUGCCACAAACGCACAACAAACCGAUGACACUGUUCAAGAUGCCACAUCGAUGACAACAACAACAACAACAAUCGAUGACGAGUCACAAAUACCGAGUGAUAACAGUGAUAUUCAAAUAUCCCGCGGUGUCAUUGAAAAUUCACCCGCCAAUUCAUGGGUGCGCGCGUCAAUGCGAAGAUUGAGACACCUCAGGCUUCCAGAGGCUGACAGAGCAAGAAGACCACCACCAGUAUCAAUUACCAGUGAUUCAGUGAUCAGUGAGUCUUCUGGAAUAAUCUCAGCACCAAAUUCGUUGCCAGAUAUUGCUUUAAUUGCACCGGAGAUUCUCGCUGCGCACACUAAUGGCACGAGCUCGUCUAAUGUUUUGAGGCCAUCGAGUGCUCCUGUUGUCCGAAAUUCAUCGGGCAUUGUUACACCGAGGAGAGGACGGAGGACUAACAGGUCCAGGACAGCUAGUGGGGAGAGGAACAGGAGGCUCAGUGCUAGUGGAUCUUCCUCCAGGGAUAAUUCGAUUAACAGUGGUAGUGCUAGUGCUUCCGUUAGUCCUGUGUCCAGGUCGCCCCAGCAUCCCACCUCCAGCAAUUUGAGCAGAAGGACUUGCGAAAGACAGAGACAAUCAGAACGAGAGCCAGAGCAGAGUGACGAGGAAGACGAGGAGAAUCCCCUGGGAAAAUGGCCCCAUGCCCUCAGUCCAGCCUUAGCCUGUCUAGGAUGCACCCUUGGUCUCUUCAACAUCAGCAGGUUUGCCAUCCUCAGCGUUCAAUUCGGUGCAAACUUUAUCGUGCAAUUUUUGGUCCUAUCCCUGGUCCUGGGAAUUCCUCUGCUGACAUUGCAAGUCUGUCUCGGUCAGCGGUUGGCAGCUGGUGCUGUUGACAUGUGGAAAAUAUCACCCAUUUUUCAUGGAGUUGGAAUAGCUCUCCUGGUAGCUCAUGCCUUCAUCGGUAUCUACAGUAUUAUAGGGAUAUCCUGGAUGUUCGUCUACUUCAGGGAUUCCUUCAUUACGAAACAGGAUAGAUACCGGUGGGCAGAGCCUUUUUCAUUGUACAGAGAAGAUGCUAAACCUGUCAACACUUCGAUACCUUUUAAACUCCACGAGACAGUACCUGAUUAUUUCAGUGGUGUUGUCCUCCAAAGGCAUCAUCUCAACGAGCCAAAUCCCAGUGUUGUUACUUUGAAAUUCCAAGUUGCCUUCAAUCUCGCUGUCGUCUGGAUGAUUGUCUUUGUAUCCCUCAGCAAAGGUUUGAGAUCCUACGGGAAAGUCGUCUACGUUUUUACUUUGGUGCCAGUAUUUGGGACUCUCAUUCUAUGCACAAAACUAUUGGGAUUGACUCCAGCUGGUACUAUUCAUCAAUUAUUCCCUGCAACUGUGUGGAAUGAAUUUUUUAUCAACAACAGAUCGUGGGUUGCAGCUUCAUCAGAGGUUUUUCUAACGUGGGGGCUCCUCGGAGCUGCUGCAAUGCAGAUUGCUGCACACAACAAACACAAACACCUCCUCCAACGCGACACAAGUCUCGUAAUAGUCCUGACUUUUGUAGUCCUUCUGCUGUCAGCAUUCCUAGCCAACACCUGCGUGCAAAUUCUGAGAUACCACGGCUACAUCUACACGACCAGUACUUUCGAGAGAAUAUCGGGGUAUAUCUUCAUGCGACCAGUGAGCCAGCCUCCUCCCUCAGGGUAUGGCAACACACCAGAGAGAUUUAUGUCUCACGCUUCAUUUUUACUUGGCCAACGUGCCAUCAGACCUGGGGCGGAUCUCAGCAUCGAAUCGGGAUAUCAGGCACUUCGAUUAUCCACUGAGCUUGUGCCAGCUACCCUCGCUGUCUUGGGCACUGAACAGGUGUCACCAUUCUGGGCUGUUCUAUUUUACUUCAUUCUCAUUUUAUUUGGAAUCGCUCAACAGCUUGCAAUCUGGCACUGUGUAAUAACCGGUAUAAUGGCAAUCAACACUAAAAUGAUGAAACUCUGGGAGACCACGAUAACAUUCUUCAGCUGUGCAUGUGGUUACAUCCUAGGACUCCCAAUGGCAACAGAGUUUGGUAUCUACGUGGUUUAUUAUUUGGAUUACACUGUCGGUGGUGCCUGGUGGAUAAUGGUUCUGUAUCUGGUGCAAGUUGGGGCUGUUUUUGCUGUGAGGGGACGUCCUCACACUGGGGAGGCAGUGGUUGCUGAAUUAUUUCCACCGACUGGACGCUGUCUCAGGCAUUGGGCUGGACCUUUACUCUCAUUUACGUGGAAUGUUAUUCUACCAGUUACGCUCAUGGUGUUGAGCAUCACUCUCUUCAAGAGCAGCAGUUUUCGAGAUCUUUACAGCUACAGAAGGACAAAUCGUGAUUAUUGGGCGGUUUGGGCGAAACAGCUUGGGGCUGCCAUUCAGUUGAUUCCAAUAUUGAUAAUUCCAGCAGUAGCUGUUAUCCAGACUUGCCGGUAUUUAAAUAGUGGACCACCUGAUAUAUUCGAUACUGAACAAGUGGAGAUAAACUAUACUCAUUGCGAGCAAUGCAACGCCAAUAGGAUCCAACUGCUGUACCGUCCGUCCUUGGAGCCCCAGGACCCCCGCCGCCCUCAGACGUCGUAUCCCAGUGCCGGAGGAGGUAGCAUCCAUGGAAAUGGUGUUCUACCAACACCCCCAGACGUUCCCUUCGAGGAUCCACCACCCAAGUAUACACCACCCCCGAGCUACACAACCGCCACAGGUGCCCGAAUAGCGAAAAUGCUGAGACAAAGCUUCAGGCGGAGUGUUCGAAGGAUUGCCAAUGUCCUGGGGGAAAGCAGUGGGCCCCGAGCAAGAGCUGCUUUACAACCACCACCUCCUGAUUAUGCAACUGUUCUCGUGGAAAUGAACCAAACUAUUCUACCCAGGGACAUCACAGUCCACGCUAGUGAUCCCCCAGAUGUCACUGACACUGGGACAACAGUCAAUCACAUCAGGAACAGACCAAAUACUAUCGACAGAAUGACGAGGAUCAGCUCCUUGGAGCGAUGCCCUGUUGAGAGAACUCACUCGACAAUUGAACGAAGUAGGAGACUCCAGAGUGGAUCCUCUCAUUUAACUGCUGCUGAUGUUGCUAAUCUCCUCAGGAGCAGCAUCAGACGUAAUAAUAGACCAAAUCAGGGAUUACGAAGGAGUUCUGUUCAUAAUCCACCAAUGGUUGCUGCAUCGGUUGAAAAUCUUGUCAGUGCUGCUGCACCCAUUGGACAGGACUCCAUGGUCUUUGAUAAAGGGACACCACUAGUCCAGGAUACGAGGAAUCAGGAUGGCGAUGAUGAGAAGACUGGUGGAACGGAAUCAUCCGUUUCUGUGAUAUAAGACUCGAGACAUUUUAUGGUUUAUUCAUUGUUUGUGUGAUUUUUUUUCUGCAUCAUUUGACAGACUUUGGGACUUUCGCGUCACUCGGAGAAUUUAAUAGGAAAAUAUUACCAAUUUGGAGAAAAUUGGGACUUUUAUUGAAUUUUCUGGUAAUUAGAAAUUUUUUAAUCUCGAAUUAUCUGAUUUAUUUCGUUAUAAUUUUGGUGAUAAGAGGAAAACGAAUAUAAGGAAAUACUUGCAAAAUUUCAGCCACGAAAAUUGGAUGGAAAGUAUUUGAAUAAGUUGUGUAGAAAAAACGAAUUCUAUUUUUUAUUCCAUACUUUCUGAACCUUUAAAGAGAAUUAAUCAGUAAUUCAAUGAUUUUGUAACGAAUUCAUUUGAUUUUUCUAUUAAUUACUUCAUGCGUGGGACGAAUUACUGAUCGAAAUUUCUAGUUGGGACAUGUGGUGGACAAUUCUGAUCGUCAGAGAUUUAGUCAGGGAGUUUCAAGGAUGUCUUGUGAAUCAUUGGAUUCCUUGGAGGCACAAAUAGAACUUUUAGGGUCUACCUGAUGUUCGAGCUUACUGUAUUUAUCGCAAUUGUACAUGUGUUCAAAGGCAUUUUGCAAGUCCUCGACUGGGGAAUACACAAUUUCUCUUGUAACAUAAUUCAUAGUGAAGAUGUGUAACAAAACCGACUUGUCAAUGAAAGACUUUGUUUCUUCUUUUUUUGUAAAUAAUUGUAGGAUUUUUAUAAGUUAGAAGACACGUUUCUGUAAUGGAAUAAUAAAAAGAGAUAUAUGGAAAUCCA